ACCUGGCAACACCAAACAAACAAACACACAGCCUGCUCUGCUUCAGGACUUUGAAAACGUGCAUCUCUGGUGCUACUUUUUAUUUACUCCAAAAUCUGCUUAAAUUGGCUGAUGAGUUUUGUUUUUUUUCAGUAUAGUAGCCUAAUUUAAUUGUGAAAAACAAUGAGUUCUGAGGUGUUAGUGUCGAGGUACCAGUAUGACAGCAGAGUUGUGGCUCAGGGGCUCCAGGAGAAACAGCCGCCUGUCCAGCCGGAUGUCCCGCAGCCGUCCUCGGGCUCAGCCACAGCCGGCUACCGCUCCGCUAAAUACUCCCCGGAUGAAUGGUUCUCCAGCUACCACACCAUCCUGCAACAGGCCGGCACCGAAAGCCUCCAGGCCCGGAGCAUCCAGGCAGACUCCAAGACUCUGUACCAGGACACCGAGGCGGACACUGUGAAGACCCAGGCCGAGGGGACACGUCUCCUGGGACAGAGACUACAAGAGGUCUACUACUGGAAGUUUGAGCUGCAGCGGCACAUCGAGCUGCUGCAAGCCGACACCGAGGCUCUGAUGGCGCUGAAGAGGAGGCUGGAGAAGGCGCUGGACGCCACCGAGACUCCGUACGCCAUCGCCACCGAUAACCUCACCUGCAGGGCCCGCAGACUGGGACCAGACCUGGUCCGAGACUCUGUGGAGGAGGAGCUGGUUAAGGAAGUGGACUUGAUCAGGAGCGUCCAGGCUCUUCUGAAGAGAACUAUAGCUCAGGUCGUCAGUCAGAUCAAGAUGAACAGAGAUGCCAAGCAGACGUUAGAGAUGGACUGGUCUGAUAAGUACCAGGCCUACAACUUUGAUGACCACGGCGGAAGACACAGUAACAUGAGCCCAGAUACGAAGCACUACCCCAGCUCAGCCACCAUGCAGGACCAGGUGUCUAACUGCACAUCGUGGACAAAGUUUACACAGGACAACCUGUGCAAGGCCUUGCAGGAAGAACAGGCCACCCACAGUCUCAGACUGCUGGUGGAGCAAGUGCUGCAGGACACCACUGACGAUAUGAGAGUCCAGUGCUCCAGUGUGGACCGAGCCUUCAGCCAACGCUGCGGGGAGCUGAUAGAGGCCAAGGCCCAGCUGGAGAUGAAGCACACACAGAUCUUGGAGCAGAUUGGGGCCCAGGAGAGGAACAUUGUGGCUCUACGGCAGGCCAUCCACAACAAAGAGGCUCCACUGAGAGUAGCUCAGUCCAGACUUUACCUCCGCUCCCUCAGGCCCAACAUGGAGCUCUGCAGAGAUGUGCCCCAGUUCAGUUUGGAAGGGGAGGUGAGGCAGAUUGAUGCCACUGUGGCGUCUCUGAAGCAGCAGCUGAGUGAGGCCAGAGGCUCUCUGUCCCACCUGGAAGAGUCACGCAUCACCCUCGAGAAGGACAUUAACUGUAAAACAAACACACUGUUCAUCGAGAGAGAAAAGUGCAUCACUCACCGUAAACGGUACCCGACGGUCUACACGCUGUCAGGAUACUGAAGUCGACAGCUCUGAGUGUUUGUGUGGAAUUCGCUUUGAUUUUGCUAUUUCUCUCCGUUUAUAUUCCUGGAUUGUUUCGUCUCUUUGUUGUGCUGUGUUGUAAGGAUCAGUGAGAUAUUGUGUCGUCAAGAAAGCCUGAAAACUCUUUAUGUACUGUAUGUAUGUGCUGAAAUAAUUUUCAUAUACCCCUUCAUGUAAUGCAGAAACUACUACUGUGUUGCUCAGGUUCAUUAAAAUAAGAGUUAUCCGGAAGA